AUGGUUUCCAGCUUUGUCAUCCUCGUCCUCGCCGUUGUUGCAUCUCUCGGCGUCGGCGCCGCUGCUGCAAUUGGCAAACAGGACAAGUUCCUGGCUCCAGUGCAUCCUUCCUGCUCGACCACUGGCAACUACACCGAUGGCAGCCAGUUCAAGAAGAACCUCGACGAGCUCCUCGCCGCCCUCCCCGCGGCUGCCAGCAGGAACGAUGGGUUCUACAUCGGCACUGCGGGGGACUCGGGAUCUCCCGACCAGGUCUUCACCCUCAUCAUGUGCUAUGCCGACCACGACGCGGCAGAGUGCCUGGAAUGCCUCACCGGAGCGCCGGCGGGGAUCAUGGCCUUGUGCCCUGGCAGCCGGGACGUGCGCGCGGCAUACGAUGCGUGCAUACUCCGGUACUCACCGGUGUUAACCUUUGCAUCAACGGCCGACCUUGACAUCGCUUUCUACGUGAAGUACACCGCGCCCAUCCCGGUCGAUCCGGUGGCCAUGGCCAGGGUGUGGCUUCCGCUGAUGGCCGACCUCACGGGACAGGCCGCUGGGUCGCCGGCGCGGGCAGCGAGUGGGAGCACGCUGUACGAUGCUUCGUGGCGGGUGUUCGGGCUGGCGCAGUGUACGAGGAACCUCAACGCGAGCGAGUGCAGCCGGUGCCUCUCCUCCUUGGUCGGCAAACUGCCGGAGCUGUUCCAGAACGAGACCGGUGGCGCCGUCAAGGCAUACAGCUGCUACGUGCACUACCAGAUCGGCCCCUUUGACAUAACCCUUCCACCUGCAUCAGAACCCCCGCCGCCGUCGUCUCCAAAGCCCGGAGAAGCAUCGUCUUCUUCAAGAACAAGGCUCCUGAUCGGCAGCUCCAUUGGUGCCGUGUCGUUCUUGAUCAUUCUGGUUGGUGUCUUGGUCUGUCUCCUUUUCCGACGACGGCAAAAGCACCCAAUCACUGCCAAUAAGCAGGCAAAGGGGCAAGAGCCGGAAGAUGGCAAAUUCUCCGACGGCGACGACCCAGCCAUGGAAGACGACUUCGAGAAAGGGACUGGGCCCAAGCGGUUUCACUACGGUGAGCUGGCCAUCGCCACCGACAACUUCUCCGACAAGAAGAAGCUCGGGGAAGGAGGUUUCGGCUCCGUGUACAGAGGAUAUCUCAAGGAGUCGAACCUCGAGGUGGCCAUCAAGCGAGUCUCCAAAGGUUCCAAGCAAGGGAAGAAAGAAUAUGCUUCCGAGGUGACGAUCAUAAGCCGACUCCGGCACCGAAACCUGGUGCAGCUUAUCGGCUGGUGCCACGGCGGGGGCGAGCUGCUCCUUGUCUACGAGCUGAUGCCCAACGGCAGCCUUGACACGCACCUCUACGGCGGCAAGAACGCAGCCGUGCUGCCAUGGCCGGCCAGGCACGAGAUCGUGCUUGGACUGGGCUCUGCCCUCCUGUAUCUUCACCAAGAGUGGGAGCAGUGCGUCCUGCACAGAGACAUCAAGCCAAGCAACAUCAUGCUGGACGCCUCCUUUGCUGCCAAGCUUGGCGACUUCGGGCUUGCCAGGCUCGUCGACCAUGGCAGGGGCUCGCACACCACGGUGCUCGCCGGCACGAUGGGGUACAUGGACCCGGAGUGCAUGACAACCGGCCGGACCAGCGCCGAGUCGGACGUGUACAGCUUUGGAGUUGUCCUCCUCGAGAUUGCCUGCGGCAGGCGGCCUCUGGCGGUGGCAGAAGAGGAACAGAUGGUCCACCUGGCCCAGCGGGUCUGGGCAUCAUACGGCAUGCGAAGGGUUCUUGAUGCCGCUGACGCGCGGCUGGAAGGGGAGUUUGACGGCGAGGAGAUGGAGCGUGUGAUGGUCGUCGGGCUCUGGUGCGCGCACCCCGACCGGAGCCUCAGGCCGUCCAUCAGGCAGGCCGUCGGUGUGCUGCGGCGCGAGCAGCCUCUGCCGACCCUACCGGAGAGGAUGCCGGUGGCAACUUUCUUGUACGUGCCCCUACUGGUUGAUGGUUCAAGUUCCACGUUGUCUACUGGUGUCACCGGCGCUGGCGGCAGUGGCAGCAGCGGAACUGACACGCCGGCGGACAAGUCGAUGUCGAUGCGAAGCAACACGGUAGUGGAUGGACAGAUCACUGGACGCUAA